UUUUUUUUUGUUGAUAAAUUAUAGAGAUAAAUUCUCUGUCUUCUUUCGUGCUUUUUUUUUUCUCUUCUCAUCAAAUUCACUUCAAUUUGGUGGCAGUCUCAUCAUCGCUGCCUUGAUCUUGCUUCACUUUUCUACAACUAUUUAAAGAGAAGAUAUCUUUGGUGUUCCAUGGUUGCGGUUGAGUCCUCUUUUCCUAGCCAUGGUAGUUCUUAUCCUCGUAGAAGGAAGAAAGUCUCUGCUUUUGAACCAAAUCCUUUUGGUUCAAUGUGUGUGGGAGUCUACAGUGACGAUGUUUCAAUCUCUGCAAGGGAAUUAGCCCAAGAUUACUCUUGUGACAGCUGUGGUGAUUUGGCUACUGUAUCUUCCACUUGUUGCGAUUUUGAUAAACUGUGUGGUCUGGAUUCAGCCUUGGAGACGAGCUGUAGGUCCAAUGGAGACUGCCGUGAGGGUCAAGAGGCUUCUGGUAGUGGUGGCACAGCUUCAAGUCUAGACAAGAGUCUUCCAGGAUAUACCAUGUAUGCGAGCGGUUGGAUGUAUGGUAAUCAGCAAGGCCAGAUGUGUGGCCCUUAUACGCAACAUCAGCUAUAUGAUGGGCUAUCCAGUGGUUUCUUACCUGAGGAUCUUCUUGUAUAUCCAAUUGUCAAUGGUUAUACUGCAAUUUCUGUACCACUUAAGUACUUCAAGCAGUUUCCAGAUCAUGUCGCCACUGGCUUUGCAUAUCUACAAAAUGGAAUGAUAAAUGUAUCCCCACCUGUUAAUUCAGUUCCCCUUUCUAAUAGUGAUGCCACAAAUCAUCAAGAUAAGACUCAAACAGAGCAUGCAACUUCUGCUGCUCAUUUGAUCUCCCAUCAGACUUUGCCUCCACAGAGCAGUUCUCCUGGUUCUGUCUCAGAUCAGCUAACAUUAACCGAGGAGGAAUCAAAUAUGUUAGCUUCAUUCCUCUCAUUGGGAAACGAACAUGCUUGCUGGUUUCUGGUGGAUGAUCAGGGUAGAAAUCAUGGACCACAUUCUAUAUUGGAGCUCUAUAAUUGGCAGCAGCAUGGAUAUGUUUCAGAUGCAGCCCUGAUACGUGAUGGUGAAAAUAAGUUUAGACCAAUCACAUUAGCAUCAUUAAUUGGUGUAUGGAGGAUGACAUGUAGUAGUACCAAUUGUGAUGAGUCAGUGUCUGGUGUGAGCAUCAUAUCCGAAGUUUCUGAAGAACUCUCUGUUCAGCUUCAGACUAGAAUUCUGAAUACAGCUAGAAGAGCUCUGCUCGAUGAAAUCAUCAGCAGUGUAAUUUCAGACUUUCUUAUGGCCAAGAAGAAUGAUGAGCAUCUCAAAUCUUACCCACCCAGUUCUGCUUCCCAUGUUGAAUCCAUAUUGUCUCAAGUUAUUAAAGCGGAGAAAAGUGUUGUCUCGACCACUGAAACAACAGGCUGUAAGAACAUAUUGAAUGAGUGGGGUCAUAAUAGUAUAUCGGCAGACUCACGCAAAUUUACUAAAUCUGUUGGUAGCAUUGAGAACUACCAGACAUCUUGCUCCGCUGUAUGUACGAUGCUUCACAAACAUUGCAUGCAAAUCAUGUGGAAUGCUGUCUUUUAUGAUACUGUGGCAACUCAUUCAGCGUCUUGGAGAAAGAACAAACUUUGGUUUCGGUCUCCUGUCCUUACAACUGUUAAUUAUUUCAAGGGUACCCAGACAAAUUAUUCAGACAAACCUGAAGCAAUUGAGAGUUGUACUCGUAGGAUGGAUUCCUCUUCCGGCAAAACUGCUUGCUUAAAUGAACUUGACAUAGCUAACUCUGCUGCCAGUGUUCGUGGAGUGUCAACUAGAAAAGUAACCUUAUUAGAUAGUGAUGGAAUGGAAAGCAUCAUAGCAAGCAUCUCAGAACAUGUUGAAAGUGAACUCUUUCUUUCUCUUAAAACUCACCUGACUGAUUAUACUGGCGUUCUCAUUGGAAAUGAAGCAAAUAAUGCUGCUAGUACUGUACACGAUGAUGGCAAAAUGAAUGAGGAAAACGUGUCAUCUCUUCAAGGUUCCUUCCGUUCCCAGAAUAAUCUGGAAGGGUCUGGUGGUAAAAAGAAUGGUUUGAAUGUGGUUCCUGCUAGGUUGCACUCUUCCUAUGAUUUCAGUGAUUCUCAGAGACUAUUGCAAGAGGGAGAAUCCUUUGAGAAGAUCACAUCUGAAGAUAGUAUUGCUAAUAUCUUUCUUACAACAUUGGAGACAUCGGGCAGUCCUGUUAAUGAUGAACUUGAUACUCUGGAUAUUUAUGAGCCACCACCACCUGGAUGUGAAAGCAACAUUAAUAUGCCAUCUCUGUUCUGUAAGUUUCGGCCUGUAAGGUCCAAGGAAACCAUUCCUGAGAUUGAAGAAUAUGUUGCAACAGCUCUAUGUAGACAGAAGUUGCACAAUGAUGUUACGAGAGAUUGGAAAUCAAUGUUCAUGAAGUUUUAUCUUAACGAAUUCCUUGCUUCACGGAAAGGAAGCCAUCAACUUUCUCGUACAGAAACAUUGGCACUGAAGAAGCUCAAAACUGUUACUCGGAACAAAAACCUAGUACAUGCUAAUAUAUCAAAGCAGGCAGCAGAAAAGCCAAGGAAACCAUGUGUCAGAUCGUCUGACAAAAGUUUGGUUAAACGAUCUAGGAAACUGUCAGAUUCUCAUUCCAUGAAAGAAGCCCUUAAGGUUGAUACACCCACUAUAGAUUUGUCAGUUCGGAAACCAAGUCAAUCUAAGAUGAGAGAUACGGACCGGCGGGAUCAUUGUAUUAAGGAUGUUACAAAGUUUAGUAAAGAAAAGGCUGGUAAAGAUGCUUUUAGUAACGUGAUCUGUGAUAAAAGCCAAGAUCUUGAAAUGGCAGAUGAAUUUGAUGACGAACUCCUUAUAACGAGACUUAGAAGGAUAUCGAGGAAUAAAACAAAAGAGUUAAGAGAAAGUAAAAAUUCUGCAAAAUCCUGUGGGGAGAUUUCAAUGUCUGCUGAGGAGGAAUCUAAGGAAACUGUUGACGGCAAAAAUCACGAGGAAACUCUUUCAAAGAAGUCUCCUCAGAAAGUGCAAAAAGCUCAUAUAUCGAAGUUAAAGAGAAAGAAUAUGUCAGAUAUCAGAGUCGAAGGUGCAAAAUCUAGCAAUGGAGCAGUCAGAGAUUUUACCGAGAUUUCUGGGAAGGAAGGUGAUACAGGAAGCCUUGGUUUUGCAGCCAGUGAUAAGGUUUCCUCUCACCACCUCAGCAAAAGACGGAAAAAAGAUGCUGCGAAGCACGUUGAGGAUAUAUCAAUCCCUACUGGUAAUCCUGAAAGACUCGCGGAAGGAAAAAAGUUUGUGGAAAAGUCUGUGUACAGCGUAUCACAGAAAGCUCGUAAGUCAUCGCAAUCCUCAAUUCUAAAAAGAAAGCACAUGAUGGGUGAAAAAGUCCCCCAUGUACCUCCAUGCCGGAGGUCAUCUCUCUCUUCCAAGGAUUCUGAGAAUGCUGAAGAGAAGCUUCCCUGCAAUACAUCAGAUAAGCUGCAAAAAGGAGGUUCGAAGAAAUUGAUGCUAACAAAACAUACAACAGAGCGUUCUCCCAUGAAGAAUUUGUCAUUGGAUGAUGGCAGGCCUAAGCCUAUUGCAUUAAAACCACUGGAAAAAUUGAGUUCGAAACAAAGCAAAACAAAGGUGUUACUGUCAGUUCCGAAGUCUGAUGGAUGUGCGCGCACAUCUAUUAAUGGUUGGAAUUGGCAUGCAUGGUCAUUAAAGGCUAGUGCUGAAGAGAGAGCCCGUGUUAGGGGAAGUUCUUGCGUACAUAUACAACAUUUUGGUUCCAAAAGUAAAUUGACUCAGAACGUUCUUUCUGCAAGAACUAAUAGGGCAAAAAUGCGUAAUCUUUUAGCUGCUGCAGAUGGGGCUGAUGUCUUGAAAAUUUCUCAGUUGAAGGCUAGGAAAAAGCGUUUACGGUUUCAACAAAGCAAGAUUCAUGAUUGGGGUCUUGUUGCACUUGAACCAAUUGAAGCUGAGGACUUUGUGAUCGAAUAUGUUGGAGAGUUGAUACGUUCUUCUAUAUCUGAGAUACGUGAACGUCAAUACGAAAAGAUGGGAAUCGGAAGCAGUUAUCUUUUCAGGCUUGACGAUGGCUAUGUGGUUGAUGCUACAAAGCGUGGUGGCAUAGCAAGGUUUAUAAACCAUUCAUGUGAGCCGAACUGUUACACCAAGAUUAUUAGUGUAGAGGGUAAGAAAAAGAUAUUCAUUUAUGCUAAGCGGCAUAUAGACACCGGUGAAGAAAUAAGUUACAACUACAAGUUCCCAUUGGAGGACGACAAAAUCCCCUGUAACUGUGGAGCGCAAAAGUGCCGUGGAUCGCUGAACUAAGAGGGACAUGGUUUAUCAAGGAAACUCAAUCAGGUGUGUGGUUAUUGGGUAUUUAGGUUAGCGGAAAGAGAAGGAUGAAUCUCCCAUUUGCAAAUACAUCUCCUGCAGCAGAUGAGUCUCCUCUCUUUCAAUUCAAAACUGUAACUAUCUUUUUCCAACAUACUAACAAUUAGAUAUAUAAAGCUGCAUUUUUCUUUUCUUUUUUGAUAUAUAAUUUAUUUUCCUUUUUGUUGUUGUGUCAACAAGAAGAGAAAUACUCAAAGCCAAGUUAAUAAAUCUAAUUUAUGAUAAUAUAAACAAAAUAACUUCCUUGUGAAUUUAGUAAAGAAAGGUGUGAUAACUGUGAUUGUGUCCUUGCACGAAACAAAUUUGUUAUUACUAUUUAAGCACCCCUUUUUUCUGUCCAUUUAGAAAACAAAAUACAACUUAUACAAAUCAGGUCUUUGUUGGUUAUGAACAGAAAUAAAGGAUAGGGCAGAUAUGGUCAUUUUUAUGGCUCAGUGAAAGCAAAGAGGUUUUCUUCUUCUAGCAUUUAGAAUCGUUUUUCUCUUUUCUUUUGGGUUUGUGUUUAUAUGCCAUGUUCGGUAUUUAUAUCAUAUUUAAAUAUUUUGUGUUGAUUUGCAGGAAUUAUAAAAAUGAUUAGCAAUCUCAAACUCACAUUUCCUCACCCCCAUUGUCCUUUGGUAUGGUACGUGUAAUGUUAUUCUGUAUUUAUUCUCAUAUUUUGUUUCUUACUUACAAUUCCAACUUAUUGGACAUUAUGAUACAGAGAGACGUCAAGUUUAGAUCAGAAGAUUUGGUGGUUUUAGUUUUCACUAAAUUGAGAUACCCAAAAUUGCUUCAUUAAAAUCUAAAUCUUAACUAAUGCAUUAGAAUAAUUAGGAACAUCUUGUGAAAAGCCACGAAUUGUUUUGCAAUGCAUGAGAUUGUUAAUAGUUUAAAACGUCUCUAAUGGUUUACAAGCCAUUUUAGCUACCAAAAGACUCUACAAGUCUCCAAGACAAAAUAUUGUGUCUUCA